CUCGUCGACUAGCUCAUCAGGAGCGGGUUGUGGUUCCUCUCUCAAAAAGGUCGAGCGUAUUCACUUUCUUGCCCCUUCCUCCCUACCCUUUCAUCAAGUCUUACUCGAUUCCCUCGAUUCCCCCUCACAGCCGUCAUCAUGGCCGACCGUCAACUCAACGGGGCAGGGAUGGAGCACCAGCUCGACGAACAGCAACGCGAUGUUCUCGCGGCCUCCAGCUCUCUGUCAGGCGUCGACCACGAGCAGCAAUCGGCUCAGAUGGCUGGCACAACGCAAAUUGAUAGCUUUCGUCAGAACGUGCAAGACAUGGUGUCGCAGGCAGAGGCUCUUGAGCAACAACUGCAAGAAGUCUCCACGACCGUGGACCCCGUGGACACAACUACAUUGGAGCUGCUAGCAACUACUCUUCACGAAGCGGCGCUCGCUAUGGGAGCACCGAACAUGCCAAGCGACGUGAUCAUGCCAACAAACACCUCCGAUCUUCAGUUUUACAGACUCAAACUGCUAGCUGCCACUGUCAAUCUCCAAGCUGAAAAGUGUCGUCCAGAUGGAAAUGCUUCGAGCGCUGCUCGUGCCGCCAUGCGCCUUGCAAAUCGCGCAGCCACGGACAACCCAUAACGUCGAGUAGUCCUUACUUCGCGUAAAAUACU